CACCCCUGCGCAGGGUGACACCGGCGACACCUGUUACAGCCGACACCAGUUACAGCUGUGACAGCCAGGUGACAGUCGUGCACAGGGUGACAGCCUGUCACCUGAGCCAGACUGGCAGGUGGGGAACGUGGGGACAAAGAGCAGUUCCCUUACCUGGUUGCAGUUUGUUACCACAGCGUCGGCGCAUCCGUUUCUGCAACGUUGGCCAACCUAAUAAUUUCCAAUUGUGACUUGUAGACAAGGUGUGAGUGAGCUCCCCUCUGACAGCUGGUGAUGAGCUGGGGAGAGAAAAAGGCUUCAGGCCCAGAUUGUAUUUACAUGAACACAUCCACUCUGCCUUGGUAUCCAGCAGACAGAGCUGUGCUGCCCAACUGAUCAAGUUUGUCUGGUGUUGGGUUACAGCAGGAGUCAUUAAAUGUUGUUAUUAUAGGAGUAAAGGGCAACAGAACUGCGCUUAGCCUGUCCUGAUUGAGGGGGUUACCCUCAGCCCUGGCACCUCUAGACUUGGCAGUUCAUAGCCCCAGGAUCUCUGGGUUUGCCACAUCAAUGAUUAAUGUAAAAAACUUGCUGGAGCCCUGGCACUUAAUUGUUGGAACCCCAGCACCUUUUUCAUUACAAAUUAAGCAUUGCUCACCAUCAGCUGAACUGCACUCGGUAAGCAGGGGGUUGGAUGCCAGUUCCCAGCGUAGAGAAAGGGUGGGGGACAGGUGUUUUGCUUGGUGGUGUCAACUCUGCCUAAGAGUCACAGGCGCCAUUUGACCUGCCCCUCUCUCUGGUUUAAGGAAAGAGCUGAUUAGGCUCCAUAGUCUUUUGGUUUUUUAAGUGACCACUGAUAAUCUAAGGGCGUAGACUUGUUGCAGGACAGCAUUUCUGUGGAAGACCCUGCCCAGGCUGCACUAGCAGUGAGGUUCCCCACUGAGAGCUGGUGGAACCUCAAGGGACCAACUCGCAGAGCUCACAGUGGGAGGUGGCAGCAGAAGGUGACGGCGUAGGGCCGUUGGCAGUGGAGUGAAUGGUGGCAUGACAAACAGCAGCCAGAGCGAGCAGCCGGAGCAAGUGGCGAGCGUCUGGAGGAAAGAACAAGGUGAGCACGACAGUAGCAGCAGCAGCAGCCUCCUGGUGGUCAGGAUCCUGGCGCCCAGCCCCUCCUGGGGCCCCUGUCUCCUGGACAGUGGCAGCAGCAUGAACGGCAGCGUGGCGCCACCGGGGGUGGUGGAGGCGGCGGCAGCACCGCUGCCCUCGCCCGGCUGGCGGGAUUUCUGCGAGGCCCAUGCCCGGGCAGCCGCCCUGGACUUCGCACGGCGUUUCCGCGCUUUCCUGAGCGAGAACCCCCAGUUUGCAGCACCAGGGGCUGAGGCUGCCUUCUCCCGCCGCUUUGCGGAGCACUUCGUGGAGCACUUCGAGGCCGAGGUGAGCCGGGCCUGUGCCGGCGACUCACCCCCCCGCUGCGACAUCGCUCCCUUCACUGGUGCCCACCAUUGCCCUGGGGGCGCCUCCUCCUCCUCCACCCGCGACCUCUCCGAGACCUGCAGCGACUCCUCGGUGGCCUCUCCGGUGGAGCCACAGCCCGGCCUGGCCUCGGGGUUGUCCAGCAGCCAGUCUCGUAGCUCUGAGGACGUCUCCGCCUCUGCCGCGACUGCCAGCACGAAGCCUAAGCUCAAGAAGCGUUUCUCCCUGCGCAACGUCAGCCGCAGUGUGCGGGGCAGCAUGCGAGGCAUCCUGCAGUGGAAGAGCUCAGCCGAGUCCCCCACCGAGGAGGAGGCUGGCGGGGCCAACACCAAUUCCAACUCCUCAGGGGGUGGGGCCGCGGACUCCUUGCCCACCGAGCGCUGGACACACAAGUUUGAGAGGCUGCGGCUCAGCAAGACGCCUGCCCCCAAAGUGGAACUGUCCAGUGUGCGCCGGGAGGGGCUACUCAAUUAUAUCGUGGCCGAUGACAGCGGAGGGGGGGGUGGUAGCCGGGCCCGAUGGCAGAAAUGCCGGCUGCUGCUGCGGAAGGCAGGCAAGGGAGAGGGCGAGGGCUACCUGCUGGAGUUCUACAUCCCCCCCAAGUCCACCAAGGCCCGGGUCAGCAUCCUCUGCUCAGCGGUGACAGAUGUGCGCACCACCACGCCGCUGGAGAUGCCUGACAAGGAAAACACCUUUGUCUUAAAGAUGGAGAACUCUCUCGAGUACAUCCUGGAGACGGUCGAUUCGCUGCAGAUGAGGUCGUGGCUGGCCGACAUCCAGGACUGCAUGAGCCCGGGGGAGAACACGGACAGCACAGACCUUCCCUGCCUCAACCACUCGGAGAGCAUGCCAAGCCGGGAGCUACCCCUGCUGCCCAGCGAGAGCAACGAGCAGCUCUCCCAGGGUGCGUAUGGGGGUCUGUCCGAGCGCCCCUCGGCUUCCAUCUCCCCCAGCUCCAUCUCCAUUGCUGCUUCCCACUUCAACUCCAUGGAGCUGCUGCCUCCGGAGCUGCCCCCCCGGGUCCCCAUCGAUGAGGCAGCUGAGCGGCUGCAGGGUCCGUACCCCCCUGGCCUGCUGCACACGCCCUUCCCCGACACUCCUGACGCCACAGGCUCGUUCCUGUUCCAGGGGGAGCCGGACCCCGGGGGGGGCGACCCAGAGCACCCCCUCUCCGAGUACCCCUGGUUCCACGGCACCUUGUCCCGGCUGAAGGCUGCCCAGCUGGUCCUGGCUGGCGGCCCCAGCAGCCAUGGUGUCUUCCUGGUGCGACAGAGUGAGACCCGGCGUGGGGAGUACGUGCUGACCUUCAAUUUCCAGGGCAAGGCCAAGCACCUGCGCCUGUCGCUGAACGAGGAUGGGCAGUGCCGCGUGCAGCACCUCUGGUUCCAGACCAUCUUUGACAUGCUGGAGCACUUCCGAGUGCACCCCAUCCCGCUGGAGUCAGGCGGCUCCAGCGACGUCACCCUGGUUAGCUAUGUGGUGGCCUCGCAGCGGCUGCAUGGCAGGGACAGGGCGGGCAGCCGAGCCGCCGCCUGUGAGCCGACCCAGCGCAGCCCUGACUCGCCCGGCCUCGUCUCCAUCGGCGCGAAUGACUGUUUGUAAGUGUGAGCCGCGCCGGGGGGCCUGGCCCCGAGGGAAGCCGAGCACCUCCCAUAGCCGGCCCCCCCAGCCCCCAUCCUGGCACGCAGCUCUGGAGGAGGGGCCCCUGCAGCCCCCUUGGCUCGUCCCCGAAGCCCCAGCCCCCGGCAACCUCUCCCUGCCGGAGGAGGAGGAGGAAGGGGGCACCACAGGGGACCCGGAGGACGGGGCCACGGGGAGGUUCCUGCAGCUCCAGGCUGAGGAGCCAGAGGGAGACACGGGCCAUGCCCGGGCCGUCAACAACCAGUACUCCUUCGUCUGAGCCACGUUGGGGGUGGGGCAGCCCCACUGAGCACCCCCGGGGCCCUGCCUCAAGGGAGCCCCAGCCCCACUGUAUGCCCCCGGGCCCCGUGAGAGGGGGGCCAGCCCCCUUGAAUCAGCUUCCCAACCUCCCACCUUACAUGUGAUCAUUGAGCCUCUCCCCUCCCCGCAAGGUUGGCCUCAGCGGUACAGAGCCCAUUGGGGCAUGAAGGUACGUUGCCCCCCCAUUGGCAGAGGGGCUGGGCACCGAAACACUACAGGGCAGGGCUUCUAGAGCGCUACGGGGAGUAAGGGACUGGUCUUCUCAAGGCCAGGGGGUCUGUCCCUCUCCCCCCCUUCCCCCCGGCUCCGCACGCUGUCACUGAAUGUAUCGGGUCUCCGAAUGUAUUCUCAUGCAUCCCCCAGUGUGACCUCUGACCCCAGGGCGUUCAGCCCCCUUCUGGCCCUGUCCUCCUCCUCCCACCCCAAAGCAACAUAUUUAUACACCUCCCAGAGCCAGUCUAGGGCUACGGGCCAGGCCCCGACACCCUACGUUCGACUGGCUGCACCUUACGGACCCCCCAGUAAAUUAAAGAGAAGAUACUAUAUAUGUCUGUCCCCUCGUAUGUCCCCCAACCUGUGCGCUGCCCCCAUCUGUUCUCUCCUCCCUGCCCGGUCUCACCCCGCACAGCAGUGCCCCCCGCCCUCCACAGCGCACCCUCCUUGCCCCCUUUGAAAAUUAUUUUUCUACUGUGGAGUAGUUAGACUAUCCUCCCCCGACCCAGCCCUGGACCCUACCCCACCCCAGCCCCGUGACUCUGCUGUGUCUGGUUUUUAGUUGGCCGGGGUCCGUUUGUUGGUUUUUUGUUCAUUUUUUUGGUGUUUGUACGAACCUCGUUCACCUUUUAAAGAAAAAGAGGGAAAGAAAA